AUAUAAUUUUCUAUCCACACUCAAACCUAAGCACAUAACACAAAGAAAAAUGACUACUAUAGCUUCGAGAACUAAAACCAGAACCAUUCCACUACCACUACUACCCUUCUGUUUCAUUAUUUGUCUCAUCUUACACAAAACCGUUGCAGAUUCACAAGUUGGUUAUGGCUACACAAUCACAACUGUAAACAAUGAUCCUACAAAAACAUCUUUGACUUCUAACCUUAAACUCAUCAAACCCUCCUUUGUUUUUGGACCCGACAUUCCAUUCCUCAACCUCGUUGCCAGUUUUGAGACUAAGGAUAGAUUAAGAGUAAGAAUAACUGAUUCAAACAACCAAAGAUGGGAAAUUCCACAAAAAGUGAUUCCAAGAGAAUCAUCAUUUUCCUCACUAUCUUACCCUUUUCAGCAGAAUCCACAAAACUCAAAAAACUUCUUACUCACACAUCCAAAUUCAGAUCUUAUCUUCACACUCCACAACACCACCCCAUUUGGUUUCACUGUUUCACGCAAAUCCUCCAAAGAUAUACUCUUUAACACUUUACCAGAAGACCCUUUAAACCCUGAAACGUUUCUAGUGUUUAAAGAACAAUACUUGCAACUUUCUUCUUCUCUGCCUAUAAAAAGAGCUUCUUUGUAUGGUUUUGGGGAGCAUACAAAGAAUUCCUUCAAGUUGCAACCAAACACAAGUUUCACUCUUUGGAAUAAAGAUGUUGGAAGUUCCAAUGUUGAUGUGAACCUUUAUGGAUCUCACCCUUUUUAUUUGGAUGUGAGGUCGGGUUCAUCUGAUGGAAGAGUGAAAAGUGGGACCACGCAUGGUGUUUUGCUUCUUAAUAGUAAUGGAAUGGAUGUUGUUUAUAGUGGUGAUCGUGUUACUUAUAAGGUGAUUGGUGGUGUUUUUGAUUUGUACUUUUUUGCUGGUUCAUCGCCUGAAUUGGUUUUGGAACAGUAUACUGAACUCAUUGGUAGGCCUGCUCCAAUGCCUUAUUGGUCUUUUGGUUUUCAUCAGUGUAGAUGGGGCUACAAGAAUGUAAGUGAUGUCCAGGGUGUGGUAACCAACUAUGCAAAAGCUGGUAUACCCCUUGAAGUUAUGUGGACAGAUAUUGAUUACAUGGAUGCAUAUAAAGAUUUUACACUAGAUCCUGUUAAUUUUCCACUUGAUAAGAUGAGAAAUUUUGUUGACACCCUUCACCAAAAUGGUCAGAAAUAUGUGCUUAUCUUGGAUCCCGGUAUCAGUGUAAAUGAGACAUAUGCCACCUAUAUUAGAGGUUUGAAGGCUGAUAUCUAUAUAAAGAGAAAUGGUGUCAACUAUCUAGGUGAAGUUUGGCCUGGAAAAGUUUACUACCCUGAUUUUCUUAACCCUCAUAGCCAAGAAUUUUGGAGUGGAGAAAUCAAAUUAUUUAUGGACAUUCUCCCUUUUGAUGGUCUUUGGCUUGAUAUGAAUGAGUUAUCAAAUUUCAUAACUUCUCCUGACAUUCCACAUUCUAACCUUGAUAACCCUCCCUACAAAAUUAACAGUAGUGGCAUUCAACGACCGAUUAAUGAAAAAACAGUGCCAGCAACAUCUUUACAUUAUGGUAAUAUCACUGAGUAUGAUUCACACAAUUUAUAUGGACUACUAGAAUCCAAAGCAACUAAUAAGGCCUUAGUUGAUAUAACUGGUAAAAGGCCAUUCAUUUUGAGUAGAUCAACUUUUGUAAGCUCGGGUAAGUAUACAGCUCAUUGGACUGGAGAUAAUGCUGCUACAUGGAAUGAUUUGGCAUACUCAAUUCCAUCCAUAUUGAACUUUGGAAUCUUUGGAGUUCCUAUGGUUGGAGCAGAUAUAUGUGGCUUCUCUGGCAACACAACUGAAGAACUUUGCCGGCGCUGGAUCCAGUUGGGGGCCUUUUACCCCUUUGCAAGAGAUCAUUCAGACAAAAGCUCGACCCGGCAAGAGCUAUACCUAUGGGAAUCAGUUGCUUCAUCAGCAAGGAAAGUGCUCGGCCUUCGUUACUGCCUUCUUCCUUAUUUCUACACACUAAUGUAUGAAUCAAAUACAAAAGGCACACCAAUUGCAAGACCUCUUUUCUUUUCGUUCCCUGAAGAUGUCACAACAUAUGAAAUAAACUCUCAGUUUCUAUUAGGCAAAGGUGUUCUAGUCUCACCUGUGCUACAAUCCGGCGCAGUCACCGUCAAUGCAUAUUUUCCUUCAGGAAAUUGGUUUGAUCUAUUUAAUCUCUCAAAUUCAGUGAAUGCAGAAUCAGGCAAACAUGUCACACUUGAUGCACCAUUUGAUCACAUAAAUGUGCAUGUUGGUGAAGGUAACAUUUUGGCCUUACAAGGUGAAGCAAUGACCACUGAAGCUGCUAGAAAAACUGCAUUUGAACUUGUGGUUGUGAUUAGUAGCAAUGGGAAUAGUUAUGGACAAGUGUAUUUAGAUGAUGGUGAGGGUCUUGACAUUGAAGGAGAGAAAGAUCAAUGGACACUUGUGAGAUUUUAUGGUGCAUUGAACAAUGAUAGUGUUUCUGUUACAUCUAAUGUGACUAAUGGAAAAUUUGCUUUGGAUAAAAAAUGGAUUAUAGAAAAGGUUACUUUCUUGGGGAUACCUAAGCAUGAGAGAUUAAAUAGGAUUGAUAUGGCUGAGAGUGAGUUGAGUAUUGUGAAUGGAAUGAGUUUAAUAAAAAAAACUGUUGUGAUGACGAAAUUUGAUAGCUCUUCUAAGUUUGUUAUUGUGGAAGUUUCAAAUUUGUCACAGCUUAUUGGAGAGGAAUUUAAGCUUGAGACUGAAAUAAAGUAGAAGGGAACUUUGAGAAUGCAAUUCCCAUAAAGAAUCUGUGCUUUAUUGUAUAGUAUAGCAUUGUCAGCAAGGCCAUGAAGUUCAAGUAUAAUUAAAUCCAUAUAUAUAUAUUAAAGUAUUGUCCACAGGACUAUGAGCUCGUGUAUAACUGUUAUAUCUGUCUAUCAAAUAUCAAUAAAUAGGCAUGAGUAUUGCAUAUA